AUGACGCAAGGCAAUCCUACUUCAUAUUCUCGGCGCCUCGAAGAUGGGACAAUUCCAUCUUCAUUCGACUACAACCUUUUUCUGCCUCAGUCUCUGUUGGAGAAGAGUCUACCAACACAGCAACUGCAACUGCCACCGCCAUCGUCACUUGUCUCUUCAAACGUUCCUUAUCCUUCGGGUUUCUGGGCCGGACUUCUGCCUUCUCCCUUAGCAAUGGCACACUCGGGCCUGGCAACAACAGUCUCGGCCGCGGCGUUCACGUCGAGUGGAGGACAGGCUGACGGCCAGGCGUCCGGUAUACGAUCCGGUCUGCAGAUGAGCACUUCGCAGCAGGUACAGGCUCAACUGACGCCUCUGCCGCCAGCUACUCAACGUCAGAUUUGGGCUCCAUCGAAUGGUCCAUUCGUAGCAUCUACUCCGCCAUGGACGACACCGCAUCUGGGUCUCGAGUCCGGUCUGUUUGGCUUGUCGUUUGCCGGCCCAUCUCUGUUGCCACCGGCCGAGGUCUGCGUGAGACGGCCAGGACUUGGUGUCUCGUUGCCAGGCGACUUUUGUGCUCUGGCCAGCAUGACGACCAGCCUCUACGGAACAGAGGAAGAGGAAGCUGAGGGUUUAGACGGUAUAAGGUUAGGGCAGACGGGGAGCCAACGCCGUGGCCGGAUUGGUCUGGCGCCCGGGCACUGUUGCUAUGGUGACUCUUCGUCUGAAGAGAUUGACGACACAGAGGACGGCCUGUCAACAGCCAGCCGAUGCCCGAGUAACCAGGUCUAUGGCUUGCACGAUGAGCCGAUUUUAGAGACGAACCCUGUCGACAUGCCAAUCGCCAACAAGUCGCCAGGGCAGCCGGCCACGAAGGCAUCCAUCUCGCCGAAUUCGGCGACUUCUCCUACCCCUUUUUCAGUCCUGCCGUUUCGAGGCGUCGGCAACUCUGAUGCUGAAUGUGCGCUUGAGGCGAUGAAGCGAAUACGGCCAAAUCAACCGGCUUCUGAGUAG